AUGAGUGCAGCAAGUCCUGUUCAUCAAUAAUUAUAAAAAACAUUAGAUGUAGUUCAAAGAGGAUUUGAAGAAGUAGUCUAGAAUAUUCCAUCAUAAUAUCAUGAGCAAUGCAUGAGUUAAAAUGGCAAAAAUAUAGAGAAAUAUGCAUAAUGUAUGUAUAAGAGAAGCAAAAAUGUUGAUAAAUAAAUGAAGGCCUUUGAUUUUAAGAUGUUGUUUAUGGGAAUUACAUUUGAUUAAUGUAUCAAGACAAAUUCAUAAGAUUAAUGUAUUCAAACUGCAAAAUCAACUGUUGAAGGAUUCAUCAAUGAUUUUAAGAAGAAUGUUAAAUGAACAAAUAAUCUAUUCAUAUUAUACAUAUUUCCUGAAAACCUUUUUUUUGA